AUGGCUUCUUCAUCUAAGCAACAAAUUGGUUCGUCUUCUCAACAAAAAAAUCAAGAUCAACAGCAACAACAACUUGUUCCACAUAAUACUUGUUUGAUUCCUUUGGAUGAGUUAGAAGUUAUCUGUGAAAUGAUGGUUGAUUUUGAUAACUUGGAAGCACAUGACAUUCAUCUGACGGAUGACAUAAUUUUUCAAGGAUGGCAAACAUUCUUCUACGGUUUAUGUGGACCAGUUUAUCUAGAUUUGGUCAAAGAACUUUGGGUUCAUGCAACAGUCAUGCCUAAAGCUAUUCUUUCUAUCGCUCAUGGCGAAUUAUUCUCCAUUACUAAAAAUCUGUUAAGAAAACUAUUUGGUUUGGAAACUAUUGAAGGUGUUUCUAGAGCAGUUAUAGGAAGAACAGAUUGGAAUGAUGUGUAUACAGAAUUCUUCAAGUCUUGA